UCUUCCCCAAAACCAAAAUCCCUUCCUCACAGCAUUUCCAACUUCCGACCGAAAACGAAAAUCUCUCUCUCUCUCUCUCUCUCUCUCUCUCUCUCUCCUCUUCUGUUUUCACUCUCAAUGGCAAUCUCUCCCAUCUCAACUUCCAAACAGAAGAAAACCAAGAAGGAGAAAACCCACCUCUCCGUAGAGCAGAAACAGACACCAUCCCUCCCCUCUCCUCCUCCCAAACGCAGGAAAUUUCCAGGAAUCAGAAUCGUUGGAGGCCGAAUCUACGACUCUGAGCAUGGGAAGAGUUGCCACCAGUGCCGUCAGAAAACCAUGGAUUUUGUCGCGGCGUGCAAGAACGAGAAUUCAAAAAACAAGGCCUGCACUAUCAAGUUCUGUCACAAAUGCCUCCUUAAUAGAUAUGGAGAGAAAGCGGAAGAGAUGGCGAGAUUGGACGAUUGGAAGUGCCCCAAAUGCAGAGGCAUCUGCAAUUGUAGUUUCUGCAUGAAGAGAAAAGGGCACCAACCGACAGGUAUCCUUUCGCCCACUGCCAAGGCAACUGGGUUUUCUUCCGUUUCUGAACUGCUGCACCUCAAAGGCCCGGAGGCCAUCAAAAUGGUUGUAAAAGAUUUGCAUGCUUCUCCAAAUAAACAAACUGUCUUUAUCAAGGGAUCAGGUGUAGAUUCGAAAAGAAAGUGCAGAAAGGAAAACACUUCAGCUAAUCGGGGAGAUUCCAACAUUAAGUGUAAGGCUUUACUGGUCAAUGACGAUGCAAAAUUAGAAUACAAGAGGAUUGGAAGGAAAAAUUUAAAAUUGGAUAAAAGUAAAGGCAGUGUAAAUGAGAGCAUUAAUGAUGACGGCGGACUAAGGAAGAAGGAUUCAAAAACAAAGAAUUCGAAGAAAGCCUCUAUAAAUUCUGUCAAGAAAGAAGAGAGCAUGUUUGGCGGGGAGGCAAAUAUGCCAAAUGGGGAAAAUGAUGAUGAUGCUGAGGUGAAGAAGGCUAAACAAACUGUUUCUAUCAAGGGAUCAGGAGUAGAUUCGAAAAGAAAGCGCAGAAAGGAAAACACUUCAGCUGAUCAGGGAGAUUCCAACAUUAAGUGUAAGCCUUUACUGGCCAAUGAUGAUGCAAAAUUAGAAUCCAAGAGGAUUGGAAGGAAAAAAUUAAAACUGGAUAAAAGUAAAGGUGGUGUAAAUGAGAGCAUUGAUGAUGAUGGCAGCCUUAAGAAGAAAGAGUCAAAAACAAAGAAUUCCAAGAAAGCCUCUUUAGAUACUGUCAAGAAAGAAGAGAGCUUGUCUGGUGGGGAGGCAAAGAUGCCAAAUGGGGAAAAUGAUGAUGAUGUUGAGGUGAAGAAGGCUUUGCCGGUCUCAAAACUCGACAACCCGAAGAAACAUGUUUUGGCAAGCCAUGGUGAAAAUUCCAGUGAAGAUGUCACAUUGCCUCAAGGCAAUGAAUUAACGACUGUAGCUGGGAUUGAGUUGCCUGCGGAUGAUGUCGGAUCAGCUCUGCAGUUUCUGGAAUUCUGCUCUGCUUUUGGAGAGGUUCUUGAUCUAAAGAAUGGCCAGCCAGAAUUGAUUCUUCGAGAACUAAUGCGUGGCCGUGCUGCGCGUCGGGGGUUGUAUUCCUCAAUUGUACAGUUUCACAUCAAAUUGCUGUCCCUGAUACAAAAGGACUUGGGAGAAGAAAAUACUCUAGAUUCAACGAGCAGUGGUAAUUCAUGGAUACAAGUUCUUAGUAAAUGCAUCUCUGAGUCCCAAUGUGCAUCGAAGGAUCUGCCUUUGGAUUGUAUCAAUAGGGGAACUGAUGAAUAUGAGAAGCUAGAUUCUUCAACAAAGCUUAGAGUCUUAAACUUCCUCUGUGACGAGACUCUUUGUACUGAAGAUUUGAGGAGUUGGAUUGAUGAGGAAAAUUCAAGAUUUCUAAAAAGAAAGAAAGAAGCAGAACAAAAGCUUCUGGCUACAAAAGAAAAGGUAAAUAACAUGAAGAAAAAGUUGAAGGAUGAGGUGGCUCGGGCUAUUCUCUCUUCAAGAGAUGGUGGUCCCCUUUCAGUUAGCGAGCAUGAUGAUCUUCUCUCAAAAAUAAGAAGUGAGACGAAGAAAGCUCAAGUGGAGAAGCUAGAAGUGAUGAACUUGGUACCUAAGAAGAAACAAAGAUUGGAUGCUGUUCGAACAGAGCCUGUUCUUUUGGAUGGUAAAGGUCGGGCAUAUUGGAGACUGAGAGGCUGUUCAAGUAGAUCACAGAUUGUGCUUCAAGAUAUUGGGAACUGGGACUCGCUUACACCUCAGGAAAGGUGGUUUACAUAUGAUGAUGAACAGGAAAAGGUAGUCGAGAAAUAUGUUUCUUCUUUCAGAAAGAAGCAGCAUCGGCCACGUGUAAUCCCCAACACAGAUGUAAUGGGGAGUAAUGAAGCCAGUUUAAACCAUGAUUCUCAUCGAUCAUCUCCAAAAUGUACAAUGAAAGAAUGAAAAGAAGGCAGAGCAUGUAGUGGAGCAUGAGAGAAGGAAGCUAAAUGACCCCGGAAAGUGCUUAAGAGUGCUGGAAAUUUUGCCCUCUCAUGCUUGCAUCAAAUUCCUCAUCUUUCAUGGUAUAGAUUAUCAUACUCAACAACUGUUCAUGAUCAGGGACACCCAUAUGGAUGGAUCAGAUAGAAACGAUUAUCUGUGUGAUGAUGGGUCCCAUAUUUUGCAUCUUUUUGCCCCUGUUGUUCUAUUUUGUCUUUGGAAAUGUGGUUGGUAAUGUAUAUGGAUCUGUGGUCAUCAUCAUGAUGUGCUUACUCAUAGAAAGAUUCAUGGCUGAUGAUAACGAAGAUGACGAAGAUAUGAUUCAUACACACUUGGAUCGGCUCAUGGACUGUUCAAUGCAUUCCAGUUACUAUAAUUGGAUGUUCGAGUUGAGUAAUUCAGUUAAAGGUUUUCUGUUUUCUUUUUUAAACUUUUAUAUAAGCCCCUUCCUUUUAUCUAUACAGGAAAAGCUCCCCCUUUUCAUAUUUGUAAUAUCAGCCAACCUUUUUCAUAUUUGUGCAGAAAAACCCCGGGUGGAUGACAUUACUUUUUUGAGUAUUAGCAUAUUCAAAUUCCAUUUUAUCCUCC